CUCAUCACACCCUGUGUGAGGCUCAGAGCAGAGACACACCAGCUCAGAGAGCAGACGCAAUGGCAAAGCUGCACAACCCAACAGUGAGACUACUGCUGACUCUGUUGCUGCAACAGCAAGGUACCAGAGGAGACUUUAUCACUGUGUCCUCCAGUGUGAGAGAGACUGCCACUCUGCCCUGUAAGAGUGUGCUCACACAUUACCCAGACUGUUCAGCAACUACAUGGACUUACGACAGGUCUGGAAAGACUGUUGAAGCAGUCACACUUGGGAGGAUUAGAUCAGAGAACAUAUACAGAGCUGAGAGACUGACUCUGCUACCUGACUGUUCUCUCCACAUCACUGAUGUCACCACAGAGGAUAUUGGACUCUACAGAUGUUGGCAGUCCACAAAUGGAGCAUAUGGACAUGAACCGCUUACUUCAGUUUACCUCUCUGUUCUUACCAUUUACGCAAGUGAGGCUGGCAAUGAUGUUUUCCUUGACUGCAUCCUGGAAACACAUGACAACUGUCACAGGAUACUUAGUGUUGGAAAUGUUCAUCUGAGCUGGGUGGAUGAGGGAGGGGCUGAGUUGCAGAACACCAACAGCCUCCAGAUUAGUAGAGCAUCUUUCUGUGAAACCAGACUGACUGAGAAGCUCAGAGCUCCAAACCCCACUUCCACUCAGAGGACACGGAGAUGCCAUGUGACUGCAGGAGGGCAGGUUCAGACUUCUGUCUCCUACACACUUAGAGAGCCAGGUCAGUGAUUAUGUGUUUCUCUUAUGUCAGACACAUGCUCUGGUAUCACAUUCACUCUGACCUUCAACUCCACAUCCACCAGAUGGACAUCACCAACAA